AUGGAAUUAGGAAACGGAAUAUGUAGAAUGUGUCUGGUUUCGUGGAAAAAAUUGUGUCCACUGUUUGAUUGUAGUGCAAAUUCUGAGCUGUUGGGUAUUAUUCGAAACAUUGUAAGACUGCAGAUCGACGAAGAUGAUACAUUUUCAAAAAUGAUAUGCAAACAGUGCAUUUCGCGACUGAAGACUAUCGAUGAAAAUGUAAAGUUCUUUCAAGCAUCCGAUCGCAAGCUUCGAGGAGCAAUUUCUACUGAUUCAAAUGAGUACGGAAACGUUUUGGAAGUUGAACAUCUCAAAACAAACCUUUCGACAAAUGCUGUGGAUGAAUCUCAGAGCGUUUGUGACGCUAAAAUAUCUCCCAAGCGAUACGAUUAUGAAAAGAGCGAAAGCGAAAAGACAGAAACCAAAUCAACACGUAGAUCUCUUCGUAUUCGCACUCGUUGUGAACAAUCGGAUAACCACCAGGAAGAGGAAACAGACGACGAAGCAUCUGCGAAAGAAGAAAUGGAUUGCGAUAAUGAAAACACAGAUAGUACCUUCAUCCCGAAAUUCGAGAGUUUCACCUCUGCUCAGUUAGUCGCAAAAUGUAUAAUGCCGAACAGUGAGCCAAAAUCGAAACGGCAUAAGAAAAACAUAAACCUUCGUCAAACUAAUCGAGCGGUGAAGGACAUGUCUACCGGCCCUGUACCAAUGCUGCAUGAUUUCAAGUGCUACAUUUGUAGCAGCGAACCGUUGGGUUCUCGGAAAGCUCUGAUAGAACAUCUAGCUACGCACGUGGACAAAGUACCGUACACCUGCAAACGGUGCGUCAUGGAAACCAUCGUCCUAACACGAGUGCGUACGCUGAACACACAUAUGAAGAUGCACGAACAACCGAUCAAAUGUGACUACUGUGAUCGUCGCUAUAGCAAUGCGGCUGGUAAAUAUUAUCACACACAUACGUACCACCUGGGCGGUGGUGCUCCUUGCAUCGUGAAUUGUAUGAUGUGUGGCAAACAGUACGGCUCCCAGGCUGCACUAAAGCAACACAUGAAGUAUCAUACCACAACGUUGAAAUGCAGUAAGUGUGAUAUGGUAUUCAAUCAUCCAAACAAACGGCGUAACCACGAGCUUACGCAUAACGAGGACAGAGGGUACGAGUGUGUUGUUUGCAAAAAAGUCCUGCAAACAAUCGAAUCAUACGACGUGCAUCUGAAGAAACAUUCCCAGGAACGUAGCUACCAGUGUACGCUUUGCCCGAAGAAGUUUAACACAUCCUUCAAUCUGAUACUCCAUCUGAAGGUGCAUGCGAAAAACUACAACUAUCGGCCAGCGAAAUCUUGGGUGGAACACUACACGAUACUAAGCCGCAAUCCGAUGCAGUACAAGUGCAAUCACUGUGAGCGUUACAGCACCGAUAAGGUGAACAACAUGAUCUCACACCUGCAGGCCCACUUUAAGGAGUACGAAUGCGAUCAGUGCAAACGGUUGUUCGCAACGGGCAAGCAGCUGAGGGCACAUUACACCACGCACACGGGUGAAAAAUCGGAAAUGUGCCAACACUGUGGCAAAUGCUUUUCCACCAAGAAUAAUUUGCGUAUCCAUAUAAAAUCUCACGAGCGUGAAAAUGGUGAAGUUCGUAACGGUAACGGUAGUUUACUGCCGCCGGUACUUGACUAUCCUCCCGAACCGUGCAUAGAGAUCGAAACAGUAUCCAAUAUGUUUCCUUUCACCCGUACGCGAGAGUUUGAGGAUUGGUGGGUAAAGUCGGGCUGGUCGAGCGUGAUUGCUCUGCACAGCUUGCCAAGCAAAAUUUUGAUCUGCGAGGAACACUUCGAAAAGGAUCUCAUCAACAGACAGUAUAAGGUGCCGCGGCUUGCACUGGGGGCACUGCCUACGCGCAACGUUACAUGUCCGGUUAAAAAACCGGAAUCAAAGAUUCGUUCCCUAGAUAAGCUUGUUAUGGAUCGAACGUAUUGCCGACUGUGCGGACAACAACAAUCCUACAGUCUUGACGACGAAUUUGAGCUGCUGUGCAAUGUGGAUAAAAUUUUCCAAUAUAAUCUGCAACUGUCCGACUCCACGGUGUUGCCGUCUGGAGUGUGCCUCUACUGCAAAGAAAUGGCAACCGUAAUACUAACGUUUUGGAAUAAAUGUUUCGAAGCUCAAGAAACGCUGAAAACGAUUCUCCAGCAGCAAACGACGCUAGUCAAGGCCGAGCCCGCGAAAGAAGCUAACGCGCCGGAAGGUACUAAAGGAUGCAGCAACGAAGACACAAGUGGGAGUACCAUAAAAAACGACGCUUUUCCAGCCGAAUGCGAAGAAAUCGUGAUCGACACUACACCAUCGGAGGUAAUCGUGCAGCAUUUCGCCAACCAAUAUGAGUUCGAAACGUUCGGUGAAGAAUUGCCCAGCACCAGCGCGGCGGACGAAUGUGAUGACGAGGAGAGAGAGCUGCGUGAAACUGAAAAUCAACUAAUUUCGGAAACUUAUUCGUCUGAAAACGACGAUGAUUUUUAUUCCCAAGAUCUGAUGGCAAAUUCGUCAUCUUCCUCCGACAAGGAAGAGCAAAACGUUUCGCGUAAAAGUGACGCACCGUUGCAAUCACAUAUAUGCGAAAUAUGUGGAUAUUCGUUUAAAACACUAGGUAGGCUCAACGUGCACAUUAAGUUGCAUAGUAACGUUCGCGAACAUCAGUGUAGCAUAUGUGGCCAAAAGUUUAAGGAACGCCGUGGCUUAUCGGAACACAUGGAAUCGAAGCAUGAGGGCAAAUCGUUCUCCUGCAGCAUUUGCGGCAUGCAGUACAGUUGGAGAAAGGGAUUGCAUAGGCACAUGAUCAGCCACAAAAGCAAGGAACCGAAACACAGCUGCAAAAUAUGUGGCAAAGGAUUUCCAGUCCCGCAUAAGCUAAGGCAGCACAUGAUGCUGCACACUGGUGAUCGGAUCACGUGUGAAUACUGCGGCAAGGGUUACAGAUUUAACUAUAUGUUAACGCAGCAUAAGAUACGCGUGCACAAUGUUGUAAUUGACGGCGUGAAGCUUUACUCAUCAUCCAAAACGAAAAAAAUGAUGGAAUCCCAAAAAAAAUUAACUGCUAUAAAUGAUUCUGCUUCAUCUUAG